AUGCGGGCUUCCGCUUCAGCAGUUGAUGAGAUGGGUCACAUUACGAAGAGCGACAUCUUCCCUACGGCAGAAACCCCGAUCUCGUCAUUGGAUUCAAGGAGUCUGUCUAGUUUCUGCAGUUCCGUGGACGAUGACACCGACCCAAGCGACUCACUCCUGCUGCUCGCGCCCCUGUAUAUACCUGGAUCCGAGAAUGAUGAAGCGGUCACACGAGAAAUACCUGAUUGCAAAACAGAACAACCCAAUCCAGACGCGUCGUCAAGAACGUGGCGUGACUGGCUCAUAACGCUGUUCGCAGGACGCAAGCAAACCUUGAGCUCACACAAUGCCCACAAACGAACUGACAGCUUCAUCUGCGACUCUAUACGCACUGAGUCGGCUCCCCACCCUCUGAAGGCUCCCAAGAAGCAGGCCACCACGACAACGCCCAUAAAGAAGCAGAAGCCUACCGAUUCAUGCAAUCACGCACCUCGACUCCUCCUCCCAACCGUCAUCCCAUCCGUCCGCACACCCGCAUCCCAUCCCCUCACACACUUCCUAUCCUACACGGAGAUCUCGCCCGCCCCUCCCACCGCAUACACCGGCUACGCCGUCGUGGCGCGCGACGACUACGUACCGGAAACUGUAGUCCGCGGCUUUGACGUACCCGGCAGCUCAGCAAUCGUCGUGCCAUUGUCCAAACGAUACAACACCGCUGCAAAUCUCCUGGAUCAUGAUAGAGACGCAUGGUCGAGUUGGAAUAGAAAUGUCAGGUGCGCGGCGGACUUGCCUUUUGGGAAGAUGCGUCCGGGAUAUGUGGUGAUUCCUCGACGAUCGGGAGUGAGUUUGAGAGACGAAACUGGGGGGUGCGAAGGGGAUUGGUUGAGGUGUUGGGAUACGAGUCGAGGCUUGGAUGUUGGGGUGGAGGAGUGGCCGUUUAGUCAGUGUUGUUAUUGGUGA